AUGGGGGCCAAACAGACCAAGGGCCAAGAUGCUGGAGGAACCAGCCCACAGCACAGCUGGAGGCGGACCCCCAGCAAGGAGCGAGGGGACCUGUUUGCCUCCCUCAUGCUGAGGUCAGGGGACAGGCUGAGCCGCGGUGCCACUCCGCCGCCUUACCAGCGGCGAAUCGGAAUGAUCCAGGAGAUGAUGCUGAUGGCCAAGCAGGGCAAACACGACGAGGUCUCGGAGAUGCUGAAGACUCUACGGCAGGACCUGGGGAUGGAGUCGACAUCUCUGGAUGACGUAUUAUACCGCUACGCCAGCUUUAGAAACCUUGUUGACCCCAUCACGCAUGACCUGAUCAUCAGCCUGGCACGUUAUGUACACUGCCCAAAGACGGAGGGGGACUCUCUGGGGGCUAUGGAGAAGGUUUGUCGUCAGCUGACCUACCAUCUCAGCCCCCACUCUCAGUGGAGAAGACAAGGCCUGCUCAAAAGGAAACCCCAGGCAUGUCUGAAGGCGGUGCUGUCCACACCUCCAUCCAGCGGAGCUCUGGAUCUGUCCGGCAUCCCUCUGGUAACUCGUGACAUGGAGCGUCUGUGUGCGCACCUCCAGCACCACGCUUCCAUAGUGGUCAGCUUGGAGCUGGGCUUCACUGAGCUUACCGACGAGGCCUUCAUCGUGCUCCUACCCACUCUGGCUGCCCUGCCUCGCCUGGAGACGUUGGCAAUGAAUGGAAACCGGCUGACCAGGACUAUUCUGAAAGAGCUUACGGAUGCCUUGAAGGAUCCCAACAGUUUUCCAAGUGUGACAUGGAUUGACCUGGGAAACAAUGUAGACAUCUUCUCCCUGCCACAGCCUUUCCUGGUUAGCCUGAGGAAGCGCUGUCCCAAGCAAGGCAACCUUCCUACCAUCCUGGAGUUUGGCGAGAGUCAGGCCAGCGAGCCCCCUGAUAGGCUAAAUGCCAUCGGUGAAGACGAGGAGACCGACAGGACUGAAAGCAUGGGAGAGCUGCAGUCUGAGGUGGAGGAAGAACUGGACGGUGAGAUGGAAAUAGAGGAGAUGAUGGAGGAGCUGCUGGACUUUGACAGGGAGGCGCAAGGGAAGGAGGACGAAGACGAGAGCAUGUGGACCGUUGAGGAGCAGAGGAAAGCGAGGAGGAGAAGGAGGACACAUGAAGAGUUAGACAGAAAAGAGAGACUGGGCCGGAUGGCAGUGAUGGCACAGGACGAGGACGACACUCAAAGCCACUCGUCCCCGUUGUCUUGCUCCAGCCAGUCACAGCACUCCUCCGCAGCUGUCGAGCCAAUGAGAGCAGAGGAGGACGAUUUUGACAAUGUGACUGACCGAUCAGAGCACUUGACCUGAUUGCUGCUCCUUUCUCCUCUUGGUUUGAAUGAUUUCUCCUGCCGUGUUGAGGUACACAUGGAAUGAGGCAAGGAAAGACUUGCUCCCAGCUUGAACAAGCCAGAUUUAACCAGCUGAACCGUUGUGGGCAAACUAUUGGACGAAAAUAGGAUUUGUCAGUUAUAAAUGACAGAGGGAGACUCAUGGAUAAAACCACUAAGUAAUUAAUAAGCUUUUUAUUGGAACUCACCCUGUUCAGGGCUUGAGGCAGGAUCUUCUGAUAACAUCAUAGUACCUUCAUGUGCCUGAAAUAUGUCCCAUUGAUGGUUAGGUGCCUGUGAUGAGAAGUACAAAAAAAAAAAACAUGACAGGCUCUGCUGAAAAUGACACCCACAUUAAAUCAAUGGAUAACCAGAUAGCUAAGGAUGACGAAAAGAAUAAAAAGUUAAAGUUAGUCGAAAUGAGGAGAAGUCAGUGGCUGAUUGCUUACUCUUUCUAUUGACUUCAUAAUCUAUAUAAUUACAUCCAUGCAUGCUAUCCUCUGAAUUUCAACAGAUUGAUUUUUGCACCCACCUUGCGUGCAUUAGGUUCUCAUGUCAAUGAAAAGCUUUAAAAAAAAUGUACAUGUGGGCUGAUGAUAGGUUAUUUUGUAGUCUGCUUUAGACUACUAGUAAUUGUGGAUACAAACAGUGAUUAGAUUUCAUUCAGAUGCUUGUACAGGAAACUAAUAAUAAUUGUUGUGCUGAGUGUCACGCUUCCCGAUAUUUAUCAAUCUUAUACAAGAUUCUCUGUGGUCUGAUAUCUGAUACAGUUAAAUUGAGUGCAAUGCUCAUUUUACUUAAUGUAAAUAAAAAAUGUAAGAGUUUUUUUUAAUUUC